AUGUCAGAACUCAAAGUCGGUAAACUCUUGGCUAGAGGACUAGGUAUAAACCUCGACGAACACCAGCAAGGUAUUCCCGAAGGCCUUGUUCAAAGAACCACUGAAAUUAUUCACCCGUUUCCACCCUUUCUCGAAGAACUUCCAACUAUUACACUUCCAUAUGUCCAUAAAUCAUCAAAUCCAAAAAAUACCGUUAUCACUACAUAUCUCUCUAGUCUGCUUCCUUUUACCCAAUGGGUCCGACGGUAUAACGCCCAAUGGCUACUUGCGGAUGCAAUUGCUGGGUUUACACUCGCCCUUAUAAUGAUUCCUCAGGGGUUAUCAUAUGCAACACUCGCGAACCUGAGCCCAGAAUAUGGCCUAUAUACUACCUUGACUGGCGCAUUUCUUUAUUGGAUAUUCGGAACGUCUAAAGAUGUUGCUAUAGGGAGUACAGCUGUUGUGUCCCUCCUCGUGGGAAAAUCAAGUACGAAUGUUAUCGAAAAACAUCCCGAGUUCGCAAAAGAACAAGUUGCAAAGACUCACGCAUUCUUGGCUGGUUGCAUUUUUCUCUUCCUUGGAAUUUGCAGGUUAGGUUACAUCCUUGAGUUUAUUCCUCAUGUUGCUACGUCGGCCUUUGUUACAGCCGCCGCCAUUACUAUUAUUUGCGGCCAGAUACCACCUUUGCUUGGGAUAAGCCGCAUCAACACGAGAGGACCGGCUUAUCAAGUCUUCAUUGAUACCUGCAAAGGUCUCAGCAGGAUCAAGGUAGAUGCGGCAAUAGGAGUUACUACACUGAUAUUAUUAAUAUUCGUGAAGUGGAUCUGCGAGUAUAUGACUAGAAGACACACCCACAUAGAAGAGGCCUCAGGAGACUGCCAAGCAGAUCUCCGCAAGAAAAAAAGGGAAAGGAUAUGCGCUACAGUUUCCUGUCUACGGUUUCUACUCGCCAUCUCUUUCUAUAUCGUUAUCAGUUUCUUGAUAAACAGGAACUCCCCUUUCAAUGAGGUUAAAUUUCAAUUACUUGGGAAAAUCCCUGUUGGCUUCAGUAACGUUAGUCCUCCAACAUUUCAAGUCGCUUUGAUAGGUGCUGUGAUCCCGGAGCUUCCAGCUGCCCUCAUCAUCAUCAUAAUCGAGCAUGUUGCCAUUGCAAAGUCAUUUGGCCGGAAAAACGGUUAUUCAAUUUCUACAUCACAAGAGUUAGUUGCUCUUGCUGCCACUAACAUUGCUGGUCCUUUCAUUGGGGCGUAUGCUUCGACAGCAUCAUUUGGCGGAAGUGCUGUCUUUUCCAAAGCUGGUGUGAGAACGCCCCUGGCUGGAAUCUUCAACGGCGCUGUCAUAAUUCUCACGCUAUUUGCCUUGCAGCCUGUCCUGUAUUGGAUACCAAAAGCUAGUCUCGCGGCACUCAUCAUACAUGCCGUGAGCAACUUAAUCGAGCCUCCCACCGAGAUGUAUAGGUUAUGGAUGAUAUCCCCGCUGGAUGUUAUCAUAUACAUAGCUGGUGUUCUCACCUCUAUCUUCAGCUCGCUUGAAAACGGGAUCUACCUUACUAUUAUCACAUCAGCAAUGUUCCUCUUAAUACGUAUUUCUAAGACGCCGGGACGAUUUAUGGGCCGCGUUCGUGUUCAUCAAUAUACGAAGUCCCUUGAAGAAAGAUCUGUUGUUAGCAGCUCUUCGUUUACUUCACGUACCAUAUUAGACCAGAAGAUGAAUGUGCCUUCAAGGGAUGCAUUUCUUCCACUUGACCGAAAAGAUGCGUCCAAUCCAUCUAUUUAUGUCGAAUCCCCAGGACCUGGAGUAUUUAUUUAUCGAUUUGCGGAUGGGUUUAACUACAUGAACCAAACCCAGCAUAUGGAAAGACUUUUGACGCACAUAACCAAACAAACUCGUCGUACACAAACGCUGGAAUACAAAAGUCCUGGUGAUCGCCUCUGGAAUGAACGCCCUUCUUCCGGGCCCGAUACGGAAGCCUCCAAACCAACUCUUAAAGCCGUAAUUCUCGACUUUGCCACAGUAAAUAACAUAAACACCGGCGCUAUUGGUGGAUUAGUCCAGCUUCGAGCACAACUUCAACGCUGGGCCGAUCCGUAUCCUGCUAAGUGGCAUUUUACGAACGUCGGCCCUCGGUGGGUUCGCCGGGCAUUGGUUAUGGCUGGUUUUGGCUAUCCUCUCAAGGAAGAAUUAGGGGAUAAUAGAAAUUGGAACCCGGUAUUCACUCUCGCGGAGCGGAAUCAACGCCGAGGGGGUGAAAGUUCUCUAUCAAAUGAACCUGAAAUAUCAACUAGAGAUAGUUCAAACAUUAGAGAUGUGGAAAUGGGGAAUUUUGGUCUUGGGAUAACACCGCUAGAGACGAGGAAACUAGUAUCUACGCAUGGAAUUAACUAUCCAAACUUCCAUCUUGAUACUACGGCUGCCGUGGAGGCUGUCAGAGGAUUCACUAAAUAG